CCAGUCGGAUUGUAAUCCGUUCAAGCUAGUGUAAGUUGAAAAUCGUGUAAAGCACUUGCUAAAAUUUAGAAUAGCUUUUUCAAUUCCCGGCAAGACGUGACCACCUGUCUCGGCCAGUGUUGUUAAGCGCGUGUGGCCGCAGUGCUCGGCAACCCUGCAGCCGUGCGAAUGGGAAUGUGGUGAAGAAAAAAAAAACAGCGAAAUACACACGUAUUUUGCGACGAAAUUAAAUAGAAUUCCGGCUUAGGGGUAUAAGGACACUGGAAGGAUGUCUGCGCGAAUGCUGAAGAAGCUGCAGGGCGACGCUGACAAGUUGGCGCCACCGCCCGAUGACGAGGACUGCGAGGAGCUGAGCGACAAUGAUGAACUGGAGGACAGCGAUAUGCGACGCGACCGAAAAUCGCACCUUAAUCCAUUCGAUUUGCUCAAUCAACCCGGUUUGAGUCUCUCGGAGAGUGAGUUCAAGGAAGAUGACAACGAAACGGAGCACCCAUCUGCUGCCCUGCCCAAUGCAACUGCCAGCGCGGCCAAGAAGAAAAAAAAGAAGCGCAAGAAGAAGGCCAAGUCCAGUGGGAAUCACAUCAGCAGCGAGGAUAACGAGCGUCACGACAAGUACUUCGAGAAGGUGGAUCCGCUCCUUGGCAAGGUCUACGAUGCAGUGCCCAGACAGUCGGCGAAGCAGGUUGCAUCGGCUGCCACCGGCACGUCUGCCACCAAGAAACUGCUGGCCGUGGAGCUGCGGCACCUGAAUCCACAGAACGAAAUGCGUCGCACCUUUGGCAAGCGGGUGGUAAAAGUGGAAACCAAGCGCGGCAGGCAGAAGCCCACACUGAAGUCCACCUACAUGGUUUCCGCCAAGGAUUCGUGGCCGGCACUGACCAAAAACACCAUCACGAUGAAGCUGCUGCCCGCCCCUGACUCUCCAUCGGUGUCCUCCAAAUCCAUCACAGACAGUGGAGCGGAAGUUCAGUGGUUCGCCUUCGAGCACAGUCAAUACUAUCAGGGAGUGCAGCAAAUGUUCCUUUCUGCUCUUGAGCGCAUUGACUCGGAAUUCCUAAUCACACUUAUCAAACGAUGCCCUUACCAUGUCGACUCUUUGGUCCAACUCAGCGAAGUAUGUAAGAUGACCGAAGACUUUGCCUUGGCAUCCGAGCUCCUUGAGCGCGCUCUUCUCCUUCUGGAAUCGUCGCUGCACAUGAACUUCAGUUUGACGUCUGGCAACUGCCGACUGGACUAUCGAAGACAGGAAAACCGCUCCUUCUACAUCGUGCUGUUUAAGCACGCCCAGUACCUGGAGGAACGUGCUUGCAGCCGCACAGCCUUUGAGAUCUCCAAACUGCUCUUGAGUCUCCAGCCGGACACUGAUCCCCUUGCCAUGAUUCUAGUCAUUGACUACUAUGCCUUGCGCAGCAAGCAGUUUGGAUGGUUGGUCGAGUUCUAUGAAGAGUAUAAUGCAGCGAGGAACCUUAAUCAGCUGCCCAACAUGGCUUACUCGUAUGCUUUGGCUCUGCACACGCUCCAUGGCGCUUGUGAACGCUCUAACCAGGCUCUGCAAUACGCCCUGCUUAUGUUCCCGGGUGUUCUGCGUCCUCUUUUGGACGAGAUGUCGGUUCAAACGGACAAGAGGGUGCUGGCCUCAUCGUACUUCUUUGCGGAUGUGUCGGGCAAUCAAUCGCCAGCCCUGCACCAGUUGGUGUGCCUGUAUGUGUGCCGUGCACGAGUCGUUUGGCGUCAGAACGAAGUGCUACCCUGGUUGGAGUCCAACGUUAACAUAGUGUUAGAUCGCAUUGAUAGUAAGGACCCCCUGGUCAAUGAGUACAAGGAGAAGAGAUCACUGCGGUAUAGUGGCACGCCACCAAGGCCCAUCCUGCGGCAUGUCAUACUCUCCGAUUACAAGGAGAAAGUUCCACUGGCGGUAUUCGUGUCCAAGGAGAAGCAAGCCAUCAUGACCUACGAUCCACUGCCGCCACCAAACAGCGUUAACUGCUACCAGCGAAAAUCCUCGUCAAGCAGCAGCCCCACAACGAACACGAAUAAUUCCGUAUCAAUGUUUUUUCAAUCGCUGUUGCCUUCGUUCAACAUCAACAACCUGGCAGCAAAUGCUCAGCCUCAAGAAGGAGGAGCAGCAGCAGGUGCGGGAGCUGCUGUAGCCGAUGGUAACAUUGAAGCGGGCAUUGAACAAGGAGCUGCCGGCGUAGCUGGAGCCAUCCGUGAAGGAGAAGAAGCUGGUUUGCAGCAGUCAUUGACUCUAAUGAUGGACGCAAUGCGAGACUUCCUACAAAACUUCCGGAUUGCAGAGCACUUGCGUUCGCCGGAAACGGCGGCGGCACAAUCCACGAGCAGCAACGACGAGGAGGAGGGCUCCAGUGACUACAUUGACUAGUCGGCUUGUCAAUUACGUGAGGCGUAACAAUGUUUUUUCGGAUUUGUAGCAUGUAACAUGUUGUUCGGAAACCACCUUUUGCUAUUUUCCCAGCUAAGCGACACCGUCACAAAAUUAAUAUAUACAGAACAUAGAGCAAUUUGAACACAUACAAAACAUAUAUGUAACUUAUGCAUUGAAUAAAAUUUUCCAGUACAAGCUUUAGAUCAAA